AUGGCAUUACAAUCAAGCUCAGGAGGGCGGGGAGCAGCGCCGGCCUCGACGCCGGAGCUCCUCGACCUCACCAUCGACAACAUUACCCAAAACACCAUCGUCAUAAACUCUCAGGCGCCAUCCGUUCGCCUCCGCUACGUCAUGGAGCGGCUCGUGACGCACCUGCACGACUUUGCGCGGGAGACGCGGCUGUCGACCGAGGAGUGGAUGGCGGCCAUCAACUUCCUGAUCGCGACGGGCCAAAUCUCGGACGACAAGCGCAACGAGUUCAUCCUGCUGUCCGACGUGCUCGGCCUGUCGCUGUUGGUCGACAACCUCAACCACCCGACGCCGCCCGGCUGCACCGAGGGUUCCGUCCUGGGUCCGUUCCACACCCACGACGCCCCGACGCUGGCCAACGGCGAGAGCAUGACGUCGGACCCCGAAGGGGAGCCCAUGCUGGCUGUGUGCACCGUCAAGGACCGCGACGGCAACCCCCUGGCGGGCGUCAAGGUCGACAUCUGGGAGACCGACUCGGGUGGCCACUACGACGUGCAGCACAGCGACAGGGAAGGGCCCAGCGAGCGCUGCGUCAUGGUCUCGGACGACCAGGGCCACUUCUGGUUCCGCGGCCUCAAGCCCGUCAGCUACCCCAUUCCCAAUGACGGGCCGGUCGGGAAGCUCCUGGAGAAGUUGGGGAGGCACUGCUGGCGGCCGGCGCAUGUGCACUUUAUGUUUGAGAAGGAGGGGUGGGAGAAGUUGAUCACUGCACUCUAUAUACGCGGCGACCCCUACGAAAAGACAGACGCCGUAUUCGGCGUCAAGUCGAGCUUGACAAUCGACCUGGACAAGGUCGACGCUGCGACUUCGAGCGAGUACGGCGUGCCCGAGGGUACGUGGCUGCUGCGUCGCGACUUUGUGCUGGUGACCCAGGAGGAGACGUCCAAGCUGCGUGAUGAGAAGGCAGUCGAAGCCCUCAAGAAGCUGGGACUCAAGGUCAGGCUGGAGGACCAUUUGCCAGUUCCGGAUCUAGACUAG